AUCAUUAUCUGUACUUCUGUGUCGUCGUACAUUCGAAUGGCGUCCCAAGGGAAUCGCCCGUGAUCGUAAAACUGAUAAAAAUACUAUAAAAACAAAAUGUUCGUAAAUAUAAUGAACAUUUAAAAUUUUAAUAAGCUAAUAUUUCUAUAACAAUACUGAUUGUUUAUUCAGUCAUUACGGUGUACAAAAUACAAAGAUGUAGAAUAUCGACAAUUAAUUCUAAAGUUUGAUUUAUGGUUUUCUGACGGGCAUCCCUAGUGUAAACAUAUUAAAAAAACAAACACCAGACACGAUCAAUACUGCGUACCUGGGAAAAUUUGUUUGAUACUUUGGUGUCUGGCUUGCUGAGAGGAGGUUGCGAGCGGAGAUACCGGCUACAGGCUGAGAAGAAUGGAGGAAAUGGAGCAUCUCACCUUUACUGAAUUCGAAGUGAGAUCAUCACAUUGGGUGCAUGUCACUCACAUUAUUGACCCCAUGAAUUUCUUUGUGCGACCAAUUAAAUACGGCAACUUCAUAGAGUGCAUCGAACGCACCUACCCCCAGGAAAAGCCUUAUUCAUUGAAUACAUGUGAUUAUGUUCUGUUUAACGUCGAAUGGGCAAAUAAGGCGCCGAAGUUUGCUCGUGGGCAAGUGUUUUAUAUCAGUAAUGCCAACGAUGUGAUCACGUGUGACGUUAUGGCCGUAGAUUACGGCAACCUGGUGCAGGGUGUACCGCUUUGUCACAUUUGGAGGCUGAACGAGACUUGUAGGACUCUGCCGCCGUUAGCUGUGAAGUGUCAACUGAUCUUCUGCUACCCGAAAAACGGGAAAGAAUUCGACCGUAACGCCAUAGAGGCUUUCAAAUACUUCGCCGGCAAUGAGAAAGCCAAAAUCAUCGUCGAGAGUAAGAAUGCUGGGAAGUUGACGGUGGAGAUGUACAACUCAGGCCCUGAUGAUAUAUCCACGCUGCUGGCGAUGACCGAUUACACCAGGAUGGGGUACGUCGAGCCCACCGUCAGCAAGAUUCACAACGACAUGAACAAAAAACUGGCCUACGCCUUCAGGCAGUACAGGGUCGGUCAAACCAUCCACGUGAAGGUUCUGAGCGGUGAUUUAUACAAGACGUUCUACGUGGGCGAAGUCCACGACUUCCAGACCUACAGGCACGAGUUAGAGAAUUUCGCACACUUCGCCAACAGGGGCGACCUGGUGAAGCCGUUACCCUGCGAACUAAUGCCUGGCACUCCGGUGUUCGUGAAGGAGAACGAGGUGAUCUACAACAGGGGCAUCAUCAAGGAGGUGACCGUGCCGUUCGUGGUGGUGUACGUUCACCUCGUGGACAUCGGCCGCAACUAUCAGGCGCCGGUGUACCACAUGCGGCACAUGGUCCGGGAAUGCAUGGACAUGCCGCCGAUAUCGAUCUUUUGUCGCGCCAAUGAGAGACAGGCCCAGUACAACAGCGGCUACGCCAGAUUCAUCCAGCCGGGGAACGAGUUCCUGAUAACCUUCGAGAAGCUCGGCAACGAGUACAACAUACCUCACACGGUAUUCAUAUCCCCGCUACAGAGAAGGCCGGCGCCGGAGGCUGUGCGCCAGCGCCGCCGCAACUAGGCAAAACCCACCCCGCUCUCUGACUAUGUUAAAAUCAAUCAAUCUAUGAUGUAAUCUAUAUUAUUGAUGUCAAUUAAUUUUUGAUUUACAAAGACUGCUUGUUGUAAGAUUUUUUUGCAUUUUUACUAAUCACUAUGAUAUUGGUGUAGACUGAGUCUUAAGACGGUCGUCGGUGUGUAACGUUAAGUCGGUCCAGGGGACGUUCUUUACCCCGCGUAUUGUAUUAUUAUAUAAAAUGUGAUUUUAUGUAAUAUUAGUUUUAGAACUACCUAUACGGUAGGCAACUUUACCCGUUUCAGACGUUUUAUCUAUCAGAAUUAAUCUAUCUGUCUAAUGUAACCUUUCCUAAUUGAUUGUUAGAGAGUUUAUUAUUUUUUAUGUAUAUAUAUAUAUAAAUAAAAAAAAAGAAUGUGAUUCUAUUUUUUUUAUAUUUUGUUAAUGAUUCUUUAUUCUAUAUCAUAACUGUGUUAGUUAUAAGUUGAUGUUAGAAAUGGAUGUUACUUUUUUUUAAUAAAUGUACUUCCUUCG